AUGGCCUCCCCAGACGUCCAACUCCCCAGAUCUGUCCCAGCUUUCUCAGCCGCUGGUAUAUCAGCUACUCCCACGGCCCCAGCACCGCGUGACGUCGACACCGUGCUAAACUACCACAAGGACGCAGAAGACGGCUCACCACCGGCCCCUACCUACGUAGAUCGGCCCGAGACCCAGAACCGACCGUUCGAGUCUUACCCAGUCCACAUUACGGACGUGUCAGGUCGGGAAGCCGAGUUUACCCUCGACAAGAACGGUUUCCAGUUCUAUCGUCAUGUUGCGCAGGAGAAGGACUUCCUUGAUGAUGACCAUAUCAAGGCGGUUUACUACCCCGAGACCGAGCAGCUGCUGAAGGAUGCAACCGGCGCAUCCAAGAUCUUCAUCUUCGACCACACCAUCCGGCGUAACCCAGCCGACCAGCGCGGCGCCGACGGCGGCCCUUCCCGCCGCGGCCCCGUCAACCGCGUGCACAUCGACCAGACGUACUCUGCGGCGCUAUCCCGCGUACCGCACCACCUGCCCGCGGAAGAAGCCUCCGAGCUCCUCAAAGGCCGCGUGCAAAUCAUCAACGUCUGGCGACCCAUCAAAACCGUUCUGCGGGACCCGCUAGCCAUCGCGGAGGCCAACUCGGUCGGAGAGGCGGAGCUCGUGCCCAUUCCGCUUAUUUACCCGAACCGCAAGGGCGAGACGUUCGCGGUCAAGUACGCCGAGGGCCACAGGUGGUACUACAAGUACGGGCUCACGCCAGAGGAGGUCCUGUUCAUCAAGUGCUUCGAUUCCAAGACGGACGGACGCGCCCGCCGCGUUCCGCACACGGCUUUCGUGGACCCGACGAUUGGACCUGAUGUGCCUAAGCGCGAGAGCAUCGAGGUUCGCGCGCUGGUGUUCCAUCCCGACGAUAGGGAUUAA